GCGCUCCGCUCACCUCCCGCCGGCUGAGGGGCCGCCUCCGCCAUGGUGCUGGAGUCGGUGGUGGCGGAUUUGCUGAACCGCUUCCUGGGCGACUAUGUGGAGAACCUGAACAAGUCCCAGCUCAAGCUGGGCAUAUGGGGCGGUAAUGUGGCACUUGACAAUUUACAGAUCAAGGAGAAUGCAUUAAGUGAACUGGAUGUACCUUUUAGAAUAAAAGUUGGUCAGAUAGAUAAACUUACUCUGAAGAUUCCUUGGAAGAAUCUCUAUGGAGAGGCAGUUGUUGCAACUCUAGAAGGCUUGUAUCUUCUGAUAGUUCCUGGAGCAAGUGUCAAAUAUGAUGCAGAGAAGGAAGAAAAAUACUUACAGGAUAAUAAACAAAAGGAACUGGCACGAAUUGAAGAAGCCUUGCAGAAAGCAGCAGAAAAAGGCACUCACUCCCAAGAUUCCCUGUAUGGGUUGGAGAGUCUGGUUUACAAGGACACCAAGCCUGGACGUAAGCGUAAAAAGUACAAAAAGCAUUUUAAGAGACCCUUUAAAGGUCAUGACCACUCAAAAGACAAACCAAAGGAGGAGAAGAAGGAUACUUUCUUAGAAAAGCUUGCAACUCAAGUUAUAAAAAAUGUCCAAGUCAAAAUCACGGGCAUUCACGUUAAAUAUGAAGAUGAUAUCACAGACCCGCAGUGUCCGAUUUCCCUGGGGAUGACGUUGGGCGAGCUCAGUUUGCUGACAACAAAUGAGAACUGGAAACCUUCUAUUCUGAAUGAGGCUGCAAAAAUAAUAUACAAGCUGCUGUGCCUGGACAGCCUCAGUGCCUAUUGGAACGUCCACAGCACAAUGUACUACCAUGGCUCCCGGGAACAGAUCCUGGAUCAGCUGAAAAGAGGAAUUCCAUGUGGUGGUAACCAGCCAGAAGAUUACCAGUACAUUUUUAGACCAGUGUCAGCCUCUGCAAGACUGUAUAUCAACCCAUAUGCAGAAGUAGAACUGAAAACUCCCAAGAUUGAUUGUAAUGUGGAAGUACAGAGAAUUGUCAUUGAAUUCACUAAGCCACAGUACCUGAGCAUGAUCGACCUGCUGGAGUCCAUCGACUACAUGGUUCGCAACGCCCCGUACAGGAGGUUCAGGCCCAGUGUCCCUCUCCAUAAACACGCUGGGCAAUGGUGGAAGUACGCAGGUGACAGUGUUCUUGAAGUUCACAUCAGAAGACACACUCGGAUGUGGUCGUGGAGUAACAUCAAACAACACAGGCAGCUUCUGAAGAGUUACAAAAACACGUACAAGAACAAGCUGACACAGAGUAAACUGUCAGAAGAAACUCAGAGACAAAUUCAGGACCUAGAAAGACAGCUCGAUGUCUUCAAUAUAAUCUUAGCAAGGCAACAAGCACAAGUUGAGACAAUAAGAUCAGGACAAAAAUUACUGAAGAAGAAAAGCACUGAAGUAGAAAAGAAAAGUGGAGGAUGGUUUGGUGGUUUCUGGGGUAGAAGAGAAUCUAGGAAAAAAGAAGAUGAAGAAUCCCCUGUUCCUGAAACUAUUGAUGAACUAAUGACCCCAGAGGAGAAAGCCAAGCUUUUCACUGCUAUUGGAUACAGUGACAGCUCCCACAACCUUUCCUUACCAAAGCAGUAUGUUGCCCAUGUUGUGACACUGAAGCUGUUAAGCACUUCUCUUACAAUCAAAGAAGACAAGAAUGUGGCAGAAACUCUUAAAGUGCAGAUAAUUGAUCUGAGCACCAAAAUAUCCCAGCGCCCAGGAGCACAGGCCAUCAAGGUUGAAGCAAAGCUUGAAAACUGGUAUGUUACAGGCCUGAGACAGGACAACAUUGUGCCAUCUCUUGUGGCCUCCAUAGGGGACAGCAAGUCUUCUCUGCUUAAGAUCGAGUUUAACACUAACCCAGAGGACAGUCCAGCUGACCAGAGCCUUUCCAUUGAAUCCCAGCCUGUGGAAGUCAAAUAUGAUGCAAGAACAAUAAAUGCAAUGGUAGAAUUCUUCCAGACAAGUAAGGGAAUGGACCUUGAAAGAUUAACGACAGCCACGUUAAUGAAGCUGGAAGAAAUCAAAGAAAGAACUGCUACAGGGUUAGUUCAUAUCAUUGAAAUGCGAAAAGUCCUUGACUUGAAGAUUAACCUGAAACCUUCCUACCUUGUGGUUCCCCAGACGGGUUUCUACCAGGAAAAUUCAGAUUUGCUCAUUUUGGACUUUGGUACAUUUCAGCUGAACAGCAUAAAUCAAGGCAGCAGUGAAACUUCCAGCUUUUCGUCUCUGGAGGAGAUUAUGGACAAAGCUUAUGACAAGUUUGAUGUGGAAAUAAAAAAUGUGCAGCUUCUUUUUGGAAGAACAGGUGAAGACUGGAAGAAGGCUCGUUUUAAACAUCCAUCAACGUUGCACAUUUUGCAGCCUAUGGAUAUUCAUGUACAGCUGGCAAAAUCCAUGGUGGAAAGAGAUACCAGGAUGCCAAAGUUUAAAGUGUCGGGAGGCCUUCCUUUGGUGCAUGUCAGACUGUCUGACCAGAAGAUCAAGGCAAUUUUUGAUCUGAUUGACAGCAUUCCCUUGCCUCAGAAGUCAUCUGUGUCAGCUCCAAGCACAAAGGUACCAGCUAUUCCCACAAUUCCUGUUGUCAGUAAAGGGUUACUUAGGACACCCCAGUUGUUGGCAGAGAUGGUGUCAGACUCUGAAGAAGAGUAUUUUGAUUUUGAGGAAAGCUCUGAACCAACUGAUAAAUCACUAAUUAAAGGAGAAGAAAUAAGAAGUGAGGAGCCUGCUCAGGAGGAACUGACAGACCUUCAGCUGAAGUUUGAAAUUAAAGAGGUUUUAGUAGAACUCACCAAGCAAAAGAAAACCGAGGAAACAGUGCUUGUGUUUGAUGUAAUGCAUCUGGGGACAGAAGCUACUGUCAGAACCUAUAAUUUAGCAGCUGUGUCUUAUUUAAAGAAAAUAAGCUUGGAUUACUAUGAAAUAGGAGGUAAAAAAACACCUAUUCAUCUCAUUAGUUCCUCAGAUAAACCUGGCUUGGACCUUCUGAAGGUGGAAUAUAUCAAGGCUGACAGAAACGGGCCACAGUUUCAGACAGCUUUUGACAACACUGAACAGAUGAUUCAAGUAACCUUUUCAUCCUUGAACCUCCUGUUGCACACAGAGGCCCUUCUGUCUGCUCUCAGUUUUCUGACAGCUGUCAGUCCCUCGGGCAGCGAGAGCAGGGGAGACACACCUCUGAAAGCAAAGCAAGAGGAUGACACUAGACUGAAAAAAGUGGCUAGACCUUCCAAGGAUAAGGAUGUGUUUGACUUCAAGGUCUUUGCCAAGCUGGAUGCCUUCUGUUUAAAUAUUUGUGAUGAGAAAAAGAACAUUGCAGAGAUCAAGAUACAAGGUCUUGACUCAUCUCUUUGCCUUCAGCCAAGUCACACUGUAUUCUUUGCCAGACUUAAAGACAUAGUUGUCACAGAUGUUGAUUCAAGGACCCUUCAUAAAAAAGCCGUGUCUAUAGUAGGAGAUGAAGUUUUCAGCUUCAAUCUGACAUUAAAUCCACAUGCCACUGAGGGAGAAGCCUACACUGACAUGUCAAAAGUGGAUGGUUCUGUAUCUCUCAGAGUGGGCUGUAUUCAGAUAGUGUUCCUUCACAAAUUCCUCAUGGCUCUUCUGACCUUCUUGAACAACUUCCAGACAGCCAAGGAGGCUCUGAGUGCUGCCACAGCCCAGGCUGCAGAAAAGGCUGCCACCAGUGUGAAGGACCUGGCUCAGAGGAGUUUUCGCCUGGCCAUGGACAUUCACCUGAAAGCACCAGUUAUUGUCAUCCCCCAGUCCUCAGUGUCCCCCAAGGCCAUCGUGAUAGACCUGGGCUUGAUCAGGGUGCAGAACCAGUUCAGCCUGGUGGCUCCAGAAGGCAGUUCCUUGCCUCCAGUCAUUGACAAAAUGGAUGUGCAGCUGACAAAGCUGAAGCUGUCCAGGACCACUGUGGAGACAGAUUUGUCACAUCCAGAUAUUCAGAUACUUCACCCUAUUAAUUUAAGCCUGUCAGUGAAAAGAAAUCUCUCUGCAGCUUGGUUUCACCAACUGCCUGUGCUGGAGAUCACGGGGUAUCUGGACACAAUGAAUGUUGUGUUAAGUCAAGAGGAUUUGAAUGUCUUUCUCAGAGUGUUGACAGAAAACCUUGGUGAAGCAGAAGAAAAACAAACUGAUGCAAAAUCAGUCCUGCAAAAGGAAGGUAAAACCAAAGAAAUGGAGAGAUCAGUUUUGGUACAGGGUAAGAGUGGUCCAGAAGGAAUGCUGUCUGAAAAGAGAAAAGAGCCACUGAAUGAAGAUGUAAUCAAUGUGCUGCUUAAUUUUGAAAUCAAAGAGGUUGUAAUAACCUUGAUGAAGCAGGUUCAGAAGGAGAGAUACCCAUUACAUAUUCUGACUGUGCUACAGCUUGGAACUGAAACCAAAGUCAGAAAUCAUGAGUUGACUGCAGCAGCAUAUCUGAAAAAAAUAGUCAUGAGAUGCACUGAAAUAAAGGACUCAAAAGGAGAUCCUCUUUGCAUUAUUAAUUCUUCAAGUGAGACAGAUGAACAUCUUCUGAAAAUGGAAUACAUUAAGGCUGAUCCUGAUGGGCCAGACUUUGUUACAACUUACAAAAGCACCAAGCAAAACAUCAAUGUCAUCUUUUCAUCUUUGGAUAUAGUACUGCACACAGAGGCUUUGCUUUCCAUCUUGAGUUUUCUCACCUUCAGUGUUCCAUCAGGUGGUCUUCCCAGUGCUGAGAAAUCAUCAGACCACAAGCCUCAAACAAAAGAAGAGGAAAAAGGAAGUGCUCUGAGACCAGUGUGUGGUGAUGCAGCCCACGAUGAUAUCUGUGAAUUAAAACUCACUGCAAAGCUCAAUGCAUUUGGUAUCACAGUGUGUGAUCAGACCUGUAGGAUUGCAGACAUCAGAAUACAAGGAAUGGAUGCAUCUGUAGCAAUGAAGCCUAAAAAGAUUAAAGUGUUCUCCAGGCUUGAGGACAUUGUAAUUACAAAUGUUGAUCCAAAAACAGUCCAUAAAAAGGCUGUGUCCAUCAUGGGAGAUGAAGUGUUCAGGUUUCACGUGUCCCUUUACCCAGACGCCACGGCAGGGGAAGCCUACACUGACAUGUCAAGGGUGGAUGGCAAAAUGUCUCUGAAAGUGGGCUGCAUCCAGAUAAUUUACCUCCACAAGUUCUUCAUGUCUCUCUUGAACUUCCUCAACAACUUCCAAACAGCCCAGGAAGCCCUGACUGCAGUCACUGCCCAGGCAGCAGAAAUGGCAGCUUCCAGCAUGAAGGACUUUGCCAGGAAGAGCUUCCGCCUCUCCAUGGAUGUCAACCUGAAAGCUCCAGUUAUAGUUAUUCCUGAAUCCCCAGCCUCAUAUAACGCUUUGGUGGCUGAUCUUGGCUUAAUCAGAGUUCAGAAUGAAUUCAAGCUGGUGUCUUCAGAUGAGUCUCCUCUUCCUCCAGUCAUUGACAGCAUGGAUGUGCAGCUGACCCAUUUGAAACUAUCGAGGUGUGUCAUAUCCACAGAUUCUCAACCAGACUCUGAAAUUUUGUGUCCUGUGAGUUUGACUUUGCUGGUCCAGAGAAAUUUAGCAGCAACAUGGUAUCAUAAAUGCCCAACAAUUGGUAUCAAAGGAGACCUGAAACCAAUGCAGAUUGCACUCAGUGAAGAUGAUCUGACUGUUAUCAUGAAAAUUUUACUUGAAAACCUUGGGGGAGCUUCUUCCCAACCAACUGCUGUGCAAGAGAAUGUUGAGUUCACACAGAUACCUAAAAAAGGGAAAGUUCCACAUGAAUCUGGUCCUCUUCUUGCUUCUGAACAAAAGAGUGUUUGUACAGCUCAGUCUUCUGUGGAAUGUUAUACAGCACUUAAAUUUGACUUCAAUUUUGAGUCCCUUUCCGUAAUUCUCUACAACAGUGAUAAGAAUCAGAGCUCUCUGCUCCCUGUGCACAGUGACAAACUGCGCCUCGGGGAACUGCGCCUGCACCUCAUGGCAUCCUCUGGGGACAUGUUCUCAGAUGGCUCCAUGGACAUUAAAGUUGAACUCAAGGCCUGUACCUUGGAUGAUCUCCGAGAAGGAAUUCAGAAUGUGACUGCGAGAAUGAUAGACAAGAAAGAUGACACACAUGACAGUUCUAUGAUAGAUAUAAGGUAUAAGCAGGAUAAAAAUGGAACUGAUGUUGUUGCAGUCCUUGACAAGCUGUACAUAUGUGCCAGUAUGGAGUUUUUGUUGACAGUAGCAGAUUUUUUCAUUAACUCGAUGCCAGCAUCCUCAGCUGAAAGAUCUGCACAGUUCCAAUUAAAGCAAGUUGCUUCUGGGAAAUCCAAGCCAGAAACAGAAAUACCUGUACGGCCAAAUAUGACAGUAAAAGCUGUGAUUCUGGACCCAGAAGUUGUAUUUGUUGCUAAUUUGACCAAUGCUGAUGCUCCUGCCUUAAAAGUUUCUUUCCAAUGUGACUUUUCUCUGACAUCUGGAAGGGAUGCACAGAGGAUGACUGCUCAAGUGAAUGGCUUCAAAGUGUUGGCCUGUGCCUUUCUCAAAGAAAAACAAGACAAGAAUGUUACUACUGUGUUACGACCAUGUUCCUUGGUCAUGGAAAAUAUGAUGCAUGCCUCAGGAUUACAGACUGUGGCAGUAACAAUAGAAGAACUUACUAUUAAGAUCUCACCCAUCAUUUUGAAUACUGUCAUUACCAUUAUGGCUGCCAUAAAACCCAAGGCAACAGAGGAGGAUGCCAGAGGAGCAGCUGAAGUUUCUGAGAAUCUGUGGCAAGUGAAGCCCAUAGAUGAGUGCAAUGCUUGGUUCCUCGGGGUUGAUGUAGCCACAGAAGCAACAGAAACUUAUGAAGACCGUGAACAAGUUCUGAAACAGGAGAAGUUUGACAUUGUGGUGAAAUCAGUUCAGAUGACCUUGGAGUGUGGUCUGGGCCAUCGGACUGUCCCUUUAUUGUUGGUGGAAUCUGCAUUUUCAGGUGUCCUUAAAAACUGGUCCUCGCUGAUGGAGGUCACUGCUGACACGUCGCUGGAGAUUCAUUAUUACAAUGAAACCUAUGCAGUGUGGGAGCCACUUAUUGAACGAAUUGAAGGAGGAAAGAAGCAAUGGAAUUUAAAACUGGAGAUGAAGACUAACCCCGUCCAAGAGAGAAGUCUGAUGCCUGGGGAUGAUUUCAUUGUGCUUCCUGAGCCACAAACUGCCAUUAACAUCUCCUCCAAGGAUACAAUGAACAUCACAAUAUCCAAGUGUUGUCUGGCUGUUUUCAGUAACCUGGCCAAGGCAUUUUCAGAGGCAACUGCAUCCACGUUUGACUAUUCCUUUAAGGAGACAGCCCCUUUCAUAGUGAAAAAUGCCCUGGGUGUUUCUCUCAAAGUGCUUCCCAGCUCCAAUUUUCGGAUAGUUGGUUCCACUGGAAAAGAAAACCUGAAUGCUAUAGAAAUUGGGCAGAGCAUGGAACUGGAAUACUCUGCCUUUGAAGCUCCCCAGCGAGGGAGGUUGUCUGCGUUGUACCGCCAGGAGAGCUCUGUCUUUUCCUUGAAUUUAGAACUGCAGGGAUAUAAAGAAGCACUGAGCAUUCCCAUAGCCAAGCCAGGCCGACGCCUGUACAACGUCAGGAACCUCGCUGGGCACUCAGACUCCAUCAUUGUCCAGAUUGAUGCCACAGAGGGGAACAAGGUCAUCACUGUACGGUCCCCUCUGCAGAUCAAGAACCAUUUCUCCAUCCCAUUUAUGAUCUAUAAUCUGGCUAAAGGCUCCAGGGUGCUGGAGGCAAUUGGCACAUCCAGGCCUGAGGAAGAAUUCCAUGUUCCUUUGCAUUCAUACAGGUGUCAGCUGUAUGUCCGGCCCACGGGGGUGUUCGAGGGGCAGUUCAGAGAGUCCACCACUUACAUUGCCUGGAGGGAGGAGCUGCACAGGAGCACUGAAGUGAAGUGCUUGUUACAGUGCCCAGCCAUGGAGACCAAUUUCCUGCCCCUGAUCAUCAGCUCAACAGCUGUACCUGAUGAACUCAGUUUUAUUUCACCCUAUGAAGAGGAGUGGGAUCCAGCCUACAUUAUCCACCUGUACCCCACACUCACUGUGAGGAAUCUUCUGCCAUACUCCUUGAGAUAUUUACUGGAGGGAACAGCAGAAGCCCGGGAAUUAACUGAAGGGAGCGCCGCAGAUGUUUUCCAUUCGAGAAUUAAUGGAGAAAUAAUGGAACUCGUGCUGUUAAAAUAUCAAGGCAAAGACUGGAAUGGGCAUCUUAAAAUCCACGAUGGGAUGCCUGAGUUUUUCCCCGUGUGCUUCACCUCCCACUCUGCAGCAUCCAUGACAGUGGAUGUGCACAUCCACACCAGGAGGGUCGGGAGCCGCCUGGUCCUGUCCGUGUUCAGUCCCUACUGGAUCAUCAACAAGACUUCCCGUGUGCUCCAGUACCGAGCUGAAGACACUCAUGUGAAGCACCCAGCAGACUACAGAGACAUUGUUUUGUUCUCAUUUAAAAAGAAAAACAUUUUUAGUAAAAAUAAGAUCCAGCUCUGUAUUUCAACCAGCACUUGGUCCAGCAGCUUUUCCCUUGAUACUGUAGGAAGCUAUGGAUGCGUGAGGUGUUCAGCCAAUAACAUGGACUACCUGGUUGGAGUCAGCAUCAAAAUGAGCAGUUUUAACCUGACCAGGAUAGUUACCUUUACUCCAUUCUACACCAUAGCAAACAAAUCUUCUUUGGAACUUGAAGUUGGAGAAAUUGGUCCUAAUGGCUCUCUUCCAACUAAUAAAUGGAAUUAUAUCUCAGCUUCAGAGUGUCUUCCAUUCUGGCCUGAAAACUCAUCUGGUGAACUUUGUGUCAGAGUAGUUGGCUAUGACAGCCCAUCCAAACCAUUCCUGUUUAAUGCCCAGGAUAAUGGGACUCUGCUGAGACUGGAAGAAUUGAAUGGGGGCUUACUGGUGGAUGUGAAUGUUUCUGAGCACUCUACUCUCAUAAGCUUCUCUGAUUACCAUGAGGGAGCUGCCCCAGCCCUGAUUGUGAACCACACCCCGUGGGACUCCCUCAGAUACAGACAGAGUGGAUUACAAGAGGAAAUGGAGUUGAAACCAAGGCAGGUGUGCCUGUUUGCCUGGACAGAUCCAACCAAACCAAGAAAAUUGACUUGGGGCUACUGCCAAAAUUUUGGUGAACACGACCUACUUAAGGAUGACUGUGGGCAGUUCCCUUUCAAUGCCAACACUCAGAUCCACUGGGUGUCUUUCCUGGAUGGGCGUCAGCGGGUGCUGCUCUUCACAGAUGAUGUUGCUUUGGUUUCUAAAGCACGACAAGCAGAGGAGCUGGAGCAACCUGACCAAGAAAUAAACCUGUCAAUCCAUGGCCUUGGACUUUCUCUAGUUAACAAUGAAAAUAAAAAAGAAAUCUCUUACAUAGGAAUAACUAGUUCUGGUGUUGUUUGGGAAAGGAAACCAAGGCACAAGUGGAAACCAUUUAAUCAAAAGCAAAUAAACCUGUUGGAACAAGCCUAUCAGAAAUAUCUCUCAAAAACAGCUUUCCAAGGUCCUGGUUGGCAUAAACUGGACAGCAACACUGAGGUGAACUUCAGUAAGUUUCCCAUGGAAAUGCGUCUCCCAGUCAGGUGCAGCAUCCGCCGGAACUUCCUGUCGGGAAUUCAGGUGGAAUUCAAACAGUCCCCUCACCAGAGGAGCUUACGGGCUCAGCUCUACUGGCUGCAGGUUGAUAAUCAAUUACCAGGAUCCAUGUUUCCUGUUGUGUUCCACCCCGUACUCCCUCCCAAGUCAAUUGCUUUGGAUUCAGAACCAAAACCCUUCAUUGACAUCAGCGUCAUCACUAGAUUCAACGAAUACAGCAAAGUGCUGCAAUUCAAGUACUUCAUGGUUCUUAUCCAGGAAAUGGCUCUGAAAAUUGAUCAGGGAUUUUUAGGAGCACUUAGUGAACUUUUCACUCCAUCUACAGACCCAGAAGCUGAAAGACAAAGGUCUAAAUUAAUUCAGCAAGAUGUGGAUGCACUUAACACUGAGCUGAUGGAGUCUUCCCUGACAGACCUGUCAAUGCUCAGCUUCUUUGAACAUUUCCAUAUUUCUCCAAUUAAGUUGCAUUUGAGUUUGUCUCUGGCCUCUGGAGGAGAAGCAUCAGAUAAGGGGGAAGACAUGAUAGCCAUCCAUUCCCUGAAUUUGCUGUUGAAAAGCAUUGGAGCCACUCUGACAGAUGUGGAUGAUGUUGUUUUCAAACUCGCUUUCUUUGAAAUUAAAUACCAGUUCUACAAGAGAGAUCAGCUGAUGAAGAGAGUUGUUAGACAUUACAGUGAACAAUUCCUGAAACAGAUGUAUGUCCUUGUGCUUGGAUUAGAUGUUCUUGGAAAUCCAUUUGGCUUAAUCAGAGGCUUGUCUGAGGGAGUGGAAGCUUUCUUUUAUGAGCCAUUCCAGGGUGCUGUUCAAGGCCCUGAAGAAUUUGCUGAAGGCUUUGUGAUUGGUGUUAAGAGUCUCCUUGGCCACACAGUGGGUGGUGCAGCAGGGGUGGUGUCCAGGAUCACUGGCACUGUUGGAAAAGGCCUGGCUGCCAUUACUCUGGAUGAAGAAUUCCAGCAGAAAAGGAGAGAGGAAAUGGGUCGGCAGCCGAAGGACUUUGGGGAGAGCCUGGCCAAGGGAGGAAAAGGCUUGUUACGGGGUGUUGUUGGAGGUGUGACAGGCAUAAUCACUAAACCAGUGGAAGGGGCUAAAAAAGAAGGAGCAGCUGGAUUCUUCAAAGGGAUUGGGAAGGGGCUGGUGGGAGUGGUGGCCCGGCCGACUGGAGGCAUCGUGGACAUGGCCAGCAGCACCUUCCAGGGCAUCCAGAGGGUGGCAGAACCCACUGAAGAAGUGUCCAACCUCCGUCCCCCACGGCUCAUCCGGGAGGACGGCAUCAUCCGGCCCUACAACAGGGUGGAAGCUGAGGGCUAUGAUUUAUUUGAGCAAGAACUGGACUAAUGGAGUAAACAUUUUACAUGUUUCUUCUCUAUUUCUGUCAUGGUCUUUUAUCUGCCUUAAAUAUUUAGAUUAAGGGCAUGAUUGCAUUUAACAUGUCCUCUCCCCUUCAUCCAUAUCUUUUCUGUGUAGCAGUUGAAUAAAACAGUGUUUCAUAUUGUCCAGGCUAAGAAAACAAACUUGAAUGACCAUCUUUAGUAAGAUUAGAUGAGUGAAGAAGAUGGGAGAAACGGGGAGAGUUUGUUUCCCGUAUAUUUGUUUUUCUAAGGAUGCUUAGCUCCUUAUGAAUGGCAACAACAGAAGGCACUUGGGAAAAAAACUAUGGUAGGUUAGAUCCUGAGUUCAUUUAUUUAUUUAUUAGCAUUCUGGUAGAGCCAGGGCUGUGGAAUGAGGCAGAAAGCAACAUUUUGUGCAAAAUGUAAAAUAGUGACGUCGAAUGGAAUUGACUUCUGUGAAAGUGCUUCUGAUUCCAUGAUCUAGAAAUACUGUUUGCAUUUAAAUGCUGAGAAAACUUGUACCUGUGGUUUCUGUGCUAUGCUGUGGGCCUGUCAGCUUUACAUCCUAUCACCCACUAGGCCUUCAAAUUAUUAUUGCUACUUCUUUAUGAACAUUUCUCAAUUAAAACAUGCAGCAGCUUAGUGGACUCUGGAUUUCAUUCAUGGAAUCUUUUGGGGAUUUGCUAUUCACUAUUAUUCAAUAAUUUCAUAAUUUCAGCUGUUAACAUGAACUUUAACGCACACAAACGCAUAGAUAUAUUUUAAAAAAUAAAUAUAUAUCUGUAUAUCUAUUUCUAAAUUAAGUGGUGCCAUAAAUUUUGUUACUAAUACAGCAUCUUAGAAAUGAGCAAGCCAAGCUUAACAAGUUGUCAGAGCAAAUUUUUUGCCUGUCAGAUGGGAAAAAAUGUUGAACAGAAACAUCUCUGCCGCCAAUGCCUUUUUUAGUAUUUAGUGGUCAAUUCAAAAUUGUUUAAAAAAGCAUUUAGUGAUUUUUUUUUUUUCUUUUUAAACUGAUUAAGUGUGAUUAAGUUGUAAUAUACUGAGCAGGUCACAUUUUGUCUUCUUGAGUUUUUUUUAUUUUUUUCACUAUAUUUUUUACAUCUAGAAAAAAAGGAAAAGGUGGCACAAUGAACACUGAAAACUGGAUAUUAUGCAGUUCUUGCACAUCUGGUAUUUAUAUUUUUCUUAGAUCUAAAUGGUGCAGAUUGGAAUUGUAUACUAACCAGGAAACUAACUCUGUAUAGUUCACUAGAUAUAGUUUGUUUCUUUCAGGAAGUCACUUAGUUGAAUACAGGGAGUUUUUUUAAUCAAUUAUUUUAAUUAUUUAAAUUAUUAAAUUAUUUUAAUUGGUUAUUAUACUAGAGGUGAGUGUUGGGAAGGUUUUUUUUUCUAAUGUAAAUUAGAAGCAAGAGGGGACAGUGUCUUCAUAGGAAAUAGGGUAUUUAACAGAAAAAUGGGUCAGAGAGUCAGUUUUAUGUGCAUUUACGAGUUUAAUCACAAUAGGUACAAGUGCUGUUUAUUUUUGGAUGCAGUUUUGAUCCCAUGUAACAAGUAGUUUAACCAGAAUCCCCACCCUCUCAUCUAUUUUAACUACAUCUAACGCAUAUGUCCCUUUAAAAUAAACAUGUGCUUCCAAGGCUGAAACUUUGCAAGGUUACCUGAAGCAGUGGAUGCCUCAAUCCAGUGCUUGGAUGAAAAAAAUGUGUAAUUUAAAUAGUUGUGUGUGAAAUACAGACACUGGUAGGCAUUAGAGCUCGUCUUGGGAGGAGCUUCUUAAAAGACAAGUUACUUUUUUCCACUGGUAAGUGGGUUUUAAGGUGCAGAAUGAGGACAGGAUCCAGAUGGAGUAGAUUGGUAAAGUUGUUUCCACAGCUCCUUUUCCCGGGAGUGCUGAUCUGAUGGAUGUGGGCUGUGGAGGGAUGUGCUCAGCCCAUGCAGGACCUGGCAGGUCACACUGGACACCCUGCGGGCUCGUGCAGAGGGACCGGGCAGGACGCUGUGUUUGGUUAAACAUGGAUGCACAGCAGAGCUGCAGAACUCACAGGACAAACAGGGCAGCUCUAGAACUGUUCUCCAGUUCUCCUGAGCUUUAAUCCCUGUGUGAGGAGUGUUUGCAGCUGAGGGGAUGUGCUGGAAGGGGUGACAGGGCCUUUGUCCUGGUGGGCUUUGCCGUGCUGCGGGAGGAGGCUGCGCUCCCCAGCUCUGCAGGGCUGACACGGUGCACUCAUCCAUUAUUCACUGCCUGUGGCAGGACUUAGUUUCAUUUCCCAGUUAAAGCUUUAUAAAGAAUGUAGAACACCUCAUGAAUAAUUGAGGCAGGGUGGUGAGGCUGUUGUGUGGCAGAGAGCGAGCACAGCCUAUGCAGGGAGCUGCAGAUUCUAUUUCUGGUUGCCUCCCUGUUCUGCUGGGGAAAUCUGCACUGGUUCUUUCACUGCCAUGGAAAAUAAGAAUGACUUAACUUCUUCAAAGUGCUCUGGUGUGCUCAUAAAAAGAACAGCUUUUGAGAAAGAUGUCUGAAUUUUAAGAGUGUGCAGAUCCUGGAGUGAUUUCCAUCAAGUGCAGCCCCCUUUUUCCAUAAUGGCCCCACCACUGUGCUGGCAUCUAUCAGGUGGAUUGGGAAUAGCUCUGGGAAAUACUGCAUCUUGCAGGCACAGCCCCCAGAGGGAACUCUUCCUUUAGUAACAUAUUGCAUGGAAAAUCUAAAAAUACUACCGGGAUUGGUUCUGAAGUGAUGAGAAACAGGCUUUCUCUCCAAAGCUUUGAGCCUGAAUAGAGAAACAUGCUUAUGAAUAAAUCUGUUUAAAUAUGUGGCAUGUCUAAUUUCUUCAUGUUCAACAAAAGGGUUUAGAAUAUAGAUUGCAGCCUUUGAGUUCCAGUCUUCAUAUGCUGGUGGGUUUUCUAUUUCUUAAAUUUUUCGCUUGUUUUUGAAACAACUGUGGUUCAGGUGUAAAAUGGGAGUUCAUAUUUUCGUUUUAGUAAUGUCCUGCCAUCUUUGUUCUAAUGUUUUGAAGCCACUUUGAGAUAAGGAGUCUUGCUGGCAUAUUUUUGUCCCUUUCAUGUACAUUGUACAGUUUCAGAAAUUUUUAAGAUGGUCAGAAAGGGAUAUUUUUUUAUAGAAGGUGUCAACCCUAUGGUUUUGAUUGCUGAAAAAUGCUGUAUUAAAAUGUAUUUCAAAAUUUCAUAUCACUAGAGAGCUAGUCCAGCAAAAAGCUGUGCUGUUGAUCUCAGUCUUGAAUAUUCAUUCACUUUUGGUCUUAAAGGAUUUUUGGAUCGUUUGUGAUACAUGAUGAUACUUUAAGACAUUUGUUGAACUUGUAAAUAUAUGAAAAUAAAAUGCAGAUAUAAA